AAUUUGUUGACAUAACUGUCACGUCAGCAUAGGCGCCACAUGCCUUGGAAACGGAAACUGUGAGGCACAGGACAUUAACUCGUAGUUAAUUCUCACAUAUCGAGUGACAUAACAGUUCUUACGAAAAAACAAUGUAUGCCUUUGUUGAUUAAAGUGACAGUGCCGCAGUAGUUCUCGUGAAUGAGGCCGAUUGAGAGUUAUUUCGUUUUAGCCUAGCCUAGCUUAACCUAUCCUUGAUGCAUCAGUGUUAAAGGGAUGUUAACAACACGGAAGCUGUCUGGAGUUGUUACAGAAUGCUGCGUUUUAUACAAAACUGGAGCAGCUUUCAUAACAUGUUGAACAUCCCGAACCAGUCGUUCCCUGCGCCCAGCUCCCAACAGAGGGUCUCCCCGUCCGCACAGUCGGGGAGGAACAAGGUGUCCCUGAAGCCAGGCCACAGUCUGAUGGACUGGAUCCGGUUUGCCAAAAGUGGAAAAGACUUGACAGGGCUGAGAGGGCGCCUUAUGGAAGUGACCCAGGAUGAGCUGCAGAAGCAUAACAAAAGGGAGGACUGCUGGACCUGCAUCCGAGGCAUGGUUUACAAUGUGACACCUUACAUGGACUACCAUCCUGGUGGAGAAGAGGAGCUGAUGAAGGCAGCAGGAAUAGACGGGACUGACCUUUUUGACCAGGUCCAUCGAUGGGUCAAUUAUGAGUCCAUGUUAAAAGAGUGCCUGGUUGGACGAAUGACUACUAAGUCCGCAACAGCUAGUAAAGCCAUCAUCCUGCCUUCAUCACCAACAGGUCUUGCUCCACCUGCUGCAGGGCCUCCUCCACCAAACAAAGACUCUCAGCCUCGGUACGACUGGUUUCAAACUGAUGCAACUGUUCAUCUGGCUGUUUAUACCAAAAGAAAGAUCUCCAGCUCAGGAUGUGUGACCGUUGACCUCAAAGCGGGAAUUCUUCGAUUGGAAGUUCUCUUUGGGAAACUGUCCUACAUGAUACAUUUAGAUCUUGCUCAUGAAGUUGAGGAAAACGUUUCUGUUCAUACUGCUUUCUCUGUGGGAAAGAUCCAGGUCACCAUAAACAAACAAACUAGAGGAAAAUGGACAAGUCUUGGGCAACCGCUGGAAUUUCAUAACACAUUUCUAUGCAAAAAAAACAGAGGGCCCUUCUAUCGAGACUGUACACUGGUGUCUAAAAUGGAGGUGACUCAUAAUACACAUGUUUUCAGACUGCAGCUUCCUGGAGGGACAGUCAUGCAUGUGGCUGUUGGAAAACAUGUCUACCUCAAAGCUAUCAUUGAAGGUACUGAGAUAGUGAGGCCAUACACUCCAGUGGAUCAGAAUAUGGUUCCAGUUUCCUCAUCUUCCUCACAUGAAUCAUACCUCUACCUCAUGAUUAAAGUCUAUCCCGAUGGAGUUUUCACCCCAUAUCUGAACAGCCUGCAGAUGGGUGAAAAUAUCUCCGUCAGUGGUCCAGAGGGUACUUUCAGCCUCCGCCCACUUCGUGAUGUCACACACCUCUAUCUGUUAGCAGGAGGCACAGGAUUCACGCCAAUGGUUCGCCUCAUCAGCCUGGCUCUACGAGAAGUUGACACAAUCAGGUGGGAACAAUCAGUUUACUCCUUUACUACGUCAGAAAACAUGACUGAUGGAUGAUAAUGGCCCCACAGACAUGAAUACGUAGACGCCUCAUAGAACAGGUCGGCCCGUUGCUGCGUUAUGUCACAGCGUCCGCCAUAUUGAAUGUGGCUUAUCUGCCAGUAAGCUAAUGCAAGUAAAUGGGCCGAACUUCACAAAGUAUUUUAAUACCUUUAAGUUAAUACCAUUGACACAUUCUCUCACACACACUAACAUAUUUGGUAAUCAAAGAAAGCACUACAGAGAGCAUUUCUAACGUUGAUGUAAUUAUUUAAUUGUUUUGGGAAAUUUCUGAAUAAAGAGCACAAUGUUUUUAUUUGAUAGAAAUUAUUCUGAUAGUUUUUAUAUUGACAUAGAUGAACAGACGAACACUUUUAAAGUGUUUUAUUAAAGUACAUAUUUACAUGAUUCCAUAAUU